AUGGACCCUUUGGAAUUCCAAGCUGAACGAUGGGGACAUAUCCGAGUUCAUCAGGACGCAGAUGAGUAUCUGUCGGAGAUCAAAGACUUUUUGAAGGAGGACUUCGAGAAGUUUUCGCCCCGAAGACUGAGGAAGGUCGCCAAGGUUGCCGAUCUAUUCGUACUGGAUACUAGAGAUGUGUUGUACCGACUAGCUCGAUCAACUCGCUAUCGCCCUCGCGAUGUUCAGGAUGAUCCUCGACUCGUCGUCCCAAAAGCUCUUAGGGAUGAUGUCCUACAUUAUGGCCAUGAAGAGACUUUCAAGGAGGCCACCAAGGCAUCACCAGGACACAUAAGAAGUUAUGUUCAGAAUUCUAUUGGCCUGGCAUGUAUACGGAUGAAAACCUCCAACCGCGGGACCACGCCCGGGAAUAUCGAACCCCGACAACCUUUCGAAGUGGUUUCCAUGGACUUCGUGACGCACAUGUCGAAAGCUGACCGAGGGAAUACGUUUUUGCUAUCAUUUCAAGAUAUGUUUUCUGGAUAUGUGAUGUGCAAGCCGAUGGAUUCAACCACCGCUCAGGAUGUCGCGGAGGCUUACGAGGAACGAGUAUUCCGGAACUUCGGAGCAAGUUCGAUGAUUCGGCACGAUCAAGAUCCCCGCUUUAUGAGCGAGGUAUUUACUCGGUUUCAGGAACUCUUGAAUAGUUGUCAGAGAGCCACUUUGGGAUACCGACCUCAAGCAAACGGGCAACAGGAACAAUCUGUCCAAACAGUUGUCAGGAGUAUUCGGGCCUAUAUCGAGCAAGCCGACCAGAGCGACUGGGACGACCAUGCGGAAAGACUGAUGUUUGCUUUAAACACUUCGUUCGACGCAACGUGUUUAGAUACCCCGUUUUACUUGAUCCAUGGCUGGAAUCCACAAAGUACUCUAAAGGCGAUGCUGGGUCCAACACCGUCAAGUGUACCUGAAAGAACUGCCUAUGAGUGGAGACGAAAAGUUCAGAGAGACUACAGCUACGCGAAAGCGUGUGCCGAGGUCUUGCAGAACAAGGCCCGACGACAUCGUUCUCUUCUUUCGUGUACCCAUCUUUUGGAUACCGGAAAUGUAUCCAUCGAAAUUCUUCCAAAUAAGUCACCAGCGAAUGAAGAGGACGACUUCGAUGCGGCGUUACUCCCUGAGGACAGUUGGGAAGCCGAUAUCCAAAAUGAUGAGUAUGAGGUUGAGAAGAUCUUAGAUCUCAGAUGGUCUAAGAAAACUCGAACCUCUAAAAGGCGUCGAGAGUACCUUAUCAAUUUAACCAAGGCGCGCGUGCUCGAGCUCGCUUUCGAAGAUUGGAAAGCAUGA